AUGUCUGACGCCGUUAUCUCCUACGCUGCUUUCAUCUUAGCUGACGCUGGUUUAGAUGUCUCUGCCGAAAACUUAUUGACUUUAACUAAGGCUGCUGGUGCCGACGUUCAAAACGUCUGGGCUGAUGUCUACGCUGAAGCUUUACAAGGUAAGGACUUGAAAGAAAUCUUAGCUGGUUUCCACAAUGCUGGUCCAGCUGCUGCCGGUUCCGGUGCUGCUGCAUCCUCUGGUUCUGCUGCUGCUGCCGAAGCUGCUGAAGAAGCCGCUGAAGAAGAAGCUGAAGAAUCCGACGACGAAAUGGGUUUCGGUUUAUUCGAUUAA